AUGCAACACGCUUCAAACUCUCCAUGGCGCACGCCUGCCAUGGAGUACCCUAAACCCCAGCAUGGUCUGCAGCACACAAUUUCCAUGGUCAAUCUUCACGAGGACCAGUGGUACAACACCCGCGGAGCUUCGUCUCCAGCUACCUCGUCCGUCUCAUCUGCCACCAGUCGGAGUACCACGCCCACAAAGAUGAACAACAACCCGUGGUCCAAUGUCAUGACCAGUCCCUCUUCGCUGUACUCGAACAAAUCCACAGAUUCCUCGUCGCCCCAAAGCAGCCCAGACAAUACCCCACAAUACAGCCGUUCAACGACGCCCCUCGCCCCACAGCCAAUUCGAGUCAUCAAUGCCGUGGCAGGGUUUGCGCCUUUGUCGCCGCCUCCCUCGGCAUCCGGGGAGACAUUUAGAAACGGUGACUAUCCUGGCUCGCCGAAUCCAUACCGCCAGCCGGCUCCUCCGCUAGUGCCGUUGGUGAAUGGCUUCAUCAACACGUCGAUUCUGUCUUCCCAGGGCCAAUCCCUGUCUGGUUGGUUCUAUGAACUUGUUCGAAAGCAAGGGUGGGAUGCCGGACUCGUGAAGAAGAUCUGGCAGUGGACUCUGUCAAACCCAAGGCUUGCGAUACUUUUGUUCGUAUGCGACGACGUAGCCUCGUGGCGCCAGGCGUCCUUUUUCGACCUCAGAGAUGAGAGCUUGCCGUUUCCUGAAGACCGUCUACAGGGCAUCGUAGCAAAUGCCCGCAAGGUUGUUGAGGAGCAGUGGCGUGCUACAUCCAAGGAACUACCACUAAACGGUGGCCAUGUCGACUUCACGGCGAGGGAAACGCUACCACUACAGCAUAUCAGCCUAAUCCGAUCAUCACGCAACUCUGAAAAGAGCGUGGAUAGAAUUCGGAUGCUCGGCAACAUUGAUGACCGUGUCCUGGUACGAAAGCGCUUCGUCAUCGCUCGCCCUGCCCAAAAAGUUGCACUACUGGAGCAGAUUAUCAGAUACAGACAGUACGAGCACAAGAACAUUGCCAAAAUUCUCUGUUCAUAUGCUCAGCCAAACCACGUCGGGGUUCUGACGGAAAAGGCACAGUACAGCCUGGACGACUUCCUCGCGCUUCCUGGAACCGACCCAAACCGGUCGAAACUGCUCGUGGACUGGAUGCAGGAUCUGUCUUCUGCACUCGAGUAUCUCCACUCGCAGUCGAUAUGCCACCGGAACAUUCGGCCGCGCAAGAUCUUGAUGGACGGAGCACGCGUCUUUUUUGCGCCUUUCGACAUUGGCCAAAGUGUCGACACAUUUAGUCCCACCAUGGUAGACACGCUGCGUAUAGACCAGCUGAACACCAUCAUGCAGGACCAAUCAUAUGUCUACGCCGCCCCGGAGGCUAUUCACUCGCACUCACGUGGCAAGAGAAUGGCAGAUGUAUUCUCACUAGGAUGUGUUUUCCUCACGAUGAUGACUGUGGCGCAUGGCCAAUCACUAACAGCGUUCGCGCAACACCGAGCUGCUUCAACGCAAGACACCUCUUUCCACGCACAUCUUGACCGAGUAGCAAGCUGGCGGAAUAGGUUGCACGCGGCUACCACCUCGAGCCUCAGGACUGGCCUGAUUGGAUCAGGCAGAAAGCAGAGGCAGCUGAGAGCAGAGGCGGAAUGGCUCAGCAUCAUUGAGAAGAUGCUCUUGCCGCGACCAAAGGAGAGGAUCAAGAUGAGCUUUGUUCUCGCCAGCCUAAACAGUGGCAAGGUAGCUGGGGGAAGACGACGAAGUCUAGAUGGGGGAGGUUUCAGCGGCCAGGCAGCUGCUUCCUUGGGUGUCAACGGCACAACAACAGCAACCCUGGUCGACAUUUCGGAACACACUGCCCCACGCAAACCGGAGUUGAGCGUGUUUGACGGCUACUUUCAGACACAGACGCGGAGGAUAGAGCCAGCGGGUGGCUGGUAA